AUGAACAGGUAAGCGAAAUGAAACAGGAUGGCAAAAAUAAACAGAUAAUGUUUUCAGAAGAUCAUCACUCGCCAAAUCGCGUCCUCGCGACAGUCUUGGUCGCUUCUUGCCAACACCCGGAAAGAAGUCGCGCCGUGGUUCCCGCCGAAGCACAAGAUCGGCAAGCUUGCACACUGCUCGUAGCCGUAGCCGUUCUGGAUCGAGACGCUCUCGCAGUCGUUCGGCAUCUCGUCGUUCGGCAUCCAGACGUUCGCGUUCUGGAUCGAGACGCUCCCGCUCUGCCUCAAGACGCUCACGCUCAGGUUCGAGAAGCUCUCGCUCUGGAUCAAGAAGAAGUUCCCGCUCGGUUGCACGUCGUUCGAGAUCUUCUGCCGCCUCGAGACGCUCAGCUUCAGCCACAAGACGUGCUGCUCGAACUGGAAGUCGCAGAUCGACAAGAUCUGCAUCAAGAAAAUCAUCGAGAAGCAGAUCUCGUUCUCGCUCCGGUUCUCGUCGUCGUCCAGCAUCAAAACCGAAAAGAGGAAGACCAGCAAAGAAUGCCGCUAAAGCAAAAAGCCGCUCUCGCUCCCGUUCUCGUUCUCGUUCGAGGUAAGCAUUCCGAAAAUUGAAAAAAAAUAGUUCAAUCUCAUUCUUUUUUCCAGCCGUCGUGGUCAACGCUCAACACGUAGCCGUGUCGCAGCAAGCCGCAAGGGAGCCGCAUCAAGAAAACGCUAG